CUCCCGUAGGCUCAUUUGCCAAUAGUAGACACACCAGGCCAAGCCAGGUUUCUCUUCUACACCUCUCCUGGGAUAUUCCAGUGAUGGACAAGUAUUUGCACAGCUCAGCCAGCCUCGGGUGGGGUCUUUAUUACAUGGUAAUGUACCUCUAGCUUCAACGGCUUAAUCGCGAUGGGCCUGGCUUGUCCAGAUUGAACGUCUUCGCCAGUGUACACCUCGUUCCAUUUCAGGACUGGGUUCUUCGGGGCCCCCUACUAGCCCAGGACGUGCCAAAUUCCGUCGCGAGUCAAACUCCCGCGCCUUGUCAACUGCCCAUAAGUUACCUUGAGAACUCGUCAGUUUCACGGCACUCGCGUUGCUUUUCAUAAUGAGAUACAGAAGAAUGCGCUGCUUCUGUCGGAAAGUGCAGACGGUCAUCAAGCAUGAAGAGAGCCAAGUCGCAGAGACCCAGCGACGCCGGCGCUGAGGACUCUGUAGCCGCGGCAUCCCCCUCUCCAUCAUCUUCCGCGGUCUCCAGUACCAAAAGACGACGCAACAACCCGGAUGAAUGCUGUGUCACAUGCAAGCUGAGAAAGGUUAAAUGCAGUGGUAAAUCGAGGGACGACCCUUGCGAUAACUGCUGCAGAUUGAAGCUUAAAUGCAGUUUCGCACAUCCGCCCAACGGCUCACAACCAUCUGUUCUAGACAAAGUAGCAAGAAUUACCCCGAACGGCACAGUCACUGAAGCUGGGACGCUUCGCAAGCGUGCACAAAGAGCCUGUCAGCAAUGCCAUGCUCACAAGACAAAAUGUAGCGGUGACUUGCCCAGGUGUGCAAGAUGCCAGCUCAACGAUCUGCCUUGCGAAUACACACCAUCUAAAAGGAAGUUUGCCAAUCUACCAGGUAAAUCUAGUGCAGCCACAACUCCAACACCAAAUGGAGCCCCGGUUACGCCAGAGGAAGACACUCCUCAGAACGUCAACGGACCGAAGACGACGCCACCCCUGGAGAACGGGCUCUCACUAAGCCCAUUAUGCCAGGACCAGUUGCUCAAGAGAGAAGUCAUCCUCAAGCAUGCAGAUGUGUAUUUCGAACAGCUCUUCCACAUGCCCUGUAUGGGGUUUCUGCAUCCUGGCACAAUCUACCGAUUGAUUGACGAGGACAAGCUUCCCCCAGCUCUAGCAGCCGGAAUCUGUUCGAUUACUGCUGACUUUGUGUCUCCCGGUGCAACAGGUCGCGCCCUCGCCCUGCGAUGCAACGAACAGCUUGAGUUUUUCACACUCCGGCACUGUGGGUUCAUGAGUCCUGAUUAUCUUGUCUACCAUCUUCUGGCAACACUUUACAACUGGAUGUCCGGUCCUUUGGCAAAAGUCUGGAUGUGGAGUGCGACCGCAAGCCGCUUGAUCAAAUGCCUACAACUCAACUACGAGCCAGACAUGCGGUCUACACAGUUGACAUAUCCAGAACGGGAGAUCCAAAGGCGCAGUGUCUGGCAGAUAUAUAUCAUCGACCAUUUCUUAUCUGGCGGACAUGAUGAGCAUCUGUUGUUGCCGUCUUCCUCGAUACACAUCCGUCUGCCUUGCUCGGAUCAGGUUUUCAGAGAUGAACUGCCUUCUACGAUGGAAACGUAUAAUCAAAACGCUUCCAUCCCUUCUACCGUGGGAGAUUAUAGUCUUGACGCUUGUCAUGUGAGACUACUAACAAUUCGAAGCCAAGUUCUAAGAGCUACGAAACGAUUCACGGAUUUUUCGCAAGGCCAAAUGUCCGAUCCGAUGCGGCCUGAGCAGUUUAUGCAGCACGUCAAUCAAUAUCAGACUGCUUUGUACAGGUUCACCGACUCUCUGCCGGAACAUCUAAAGCUAUCCGUGUCGAACGUUGAUGCACAUAUCCACCGACCAAACCGUCCAAGCUACACUAUGCUCCAUACUUGGUACUGUCAAACGCAUAUCGAGCUUUACUCAUUCUCCUUGCACGCACUCAAACAAUCAACUUCGCCUGAUUCUGUACCAUGGGAGUUCUUCCUAAGGUCACAGCGAGACUUUCUUUUACGCUCACAGCAACAAGCUGUCUCGUAUGCUAUAUGUCUUGCACAGACUUGGGAAUACUGCCUACAGAAUGUCCAGAGAACCCCAUCGGCGACCCUCAGGCAUGGCCUUGUCACAGUCGACUGGAUGAUAGGGGCUUGCGCCGUGGAUGUAGUAGAAGUCCUGCUAGCUGCGAGGAAGUACAGGCUGUAUAACAAUCUCAAGAGUAACACCAGUGCCCAGAUGUGUUAUCUGAAACCAAUUGAUGAUGAUCUGCUGGCUUCUCUCAUUGCGAGCAUUGUUAAGCUUGUUGGUGAUCUGGCUGCCUAUCUACCGAGAGUCGAGCAUUACAAAACCACCAUAAUUGACAAGAUCAGAGACUUCGAGGACGAUAUCAACACCAAUGGGUACCUAGAAGCCAAAGACGAGGAUCAAGGAACAACCCCUAGCCCUACCAGCUUGCCAGGGCCAGAUAACAUUAUGCCACAGACCCAGCUUGAUGCGACUAUUUCACCGAGGAGUCUAGACGAUACAUCGUCCAUCUCUGACAGAUUUCUCAGAAAGAAAUCGGCCUCGUAUAAUGAGAAAGCGAUGAGUCUCAAUGGCGUUUCUCAGAUUGGAGAUUUGCCGGUGCCAGUCAUGCCGUAUUGCCUUCGCCAAGCUCAAGAUUCAUCGUUGGAAGGCCCAUUUGCGGCACCUACAAUUGGCAAUUAUUCGCCAACGCACCUGAUGGAUAUACAAGAGCAGCAACCGGCGGCUCUGUUCAACUCGGCGCUAGCACCAACUAUGGGACCGAUCUUCGAUGGUUUUAGAUCGGCAAUUCCUAUUGACCCGACCAUGCAUAAUUCCAUGACUUACAGCCAACCUCCGGCUUCUCAAAUCCCACAACAUAUACCGACACCGAUGCAUUCCAAUCCCAACGAUGGGGGCAUUUUCGUUCCUUAUGAGGCCAACUACUACCCUAGCGAGCAAGCGCAAACGCCUUGGAUACAGCAAAGUCAGAGGAAUCCGCACAUCUACAGCUGA